AUGUCGUACAUGGACGAGGCUUGCUGCGGAGUGCGGACAGAGCGCGUUGGGUCAUGCUGGAGGAAACCAGUGCCAAAGAAGGAGGAUGAAAUUGCUAACUACGUUUGCUAUGUGUGUAAGAAGACCUUUUACAAUGCAAACGCCUUGCAAAAUCACAAAAACAUGCAACACGGCUCAAACGACUCCGGUCCUGAAGAUUGGCCGACUUUGGAUUUACACGAUCAGAAAUUCGAUGCAUUAUCGGAUUUUCAAUUUGUACCUCUAAAGAACUCCGAGGGAGAUUCAAAGGUGGAAAAAGACGGCCUAACUAUGCGCACCUAUACCGAAUGCACCAGCUAUUUGAUUGUGAAAUACGAGAGCAGUGAGAGUGCCCGUGUGAAGAAAUCCCGCCUUGAUAACAUGAUCAAAAAAAUGAAAUCAAAACCCGAAAAGAAACCUGUGGACUUGAGGGGUCCGUUCACUUGCACAUUACCAUCAACAGUGAACAUGGGCGUUCAAUGUCGCCAGAUAUUCUUUAACUGCUGUGAGUAUUCUUUGCAUUACCGGGAAGAGCAUACUAAGCGACGGAAGGCCGCCUUGCGUUGCCAAGUAUGUGAGAAACGCCUGGACAGGAAUUUGUAUCCAACAAACUCGUUAGCCUCUCAGAUGGAAACUCAUAACGUUACCACCUUCUCUUGUCACUCUUGUGCACUCACCUUCUUUGACAGUGCUCAGUAUGACGAGCAUAAGCGAGUAGUGCACGCGAAAAUGAAACCCCACCAGUGUUACAUAUGUUCAAAGAGGUUCACUCAAGUUGGCGGUCUCCAACAACAUAUGCGUAUGCACAAUGGAAUCCGACCGUUCGUUUGCAAGUUUUGCAGCAAAUCCUUCACUCAAAAAGCGGGACUCGACCAACAUUUGCGCACCCACACGAAAGUUAAGCCGUUCAAAUGUGUGAUAUGUUGCAAAUGUUUCUCGCAAUCGGUCCACCUCCGUCAACAUAUGAGGACUCACACAAACAUACAGCCAUUCGGAUGUCCGAUUUGCAAAAAGCGAUUUAAGCAAAGCAGCCAUUUGAAUUUCCAUAUGCGCUCACAUAUGGAUGAGACGAGCGCUUUGAUAAUGGAGCAGUACGCUCGGGUUGCUCAGAAUAUUGACUUCCUCAACUUGUCAAACGUGCAACCAGUGCAAGAUGGUGACACUCUUUAUUAUGCGGCACAGUUGACGAAUCCAGAACUGACGUCUACACCUUAUGUUCUUCAAGCAUUACCUUCAAAUAACAUUCAAUAA